CUUAUACGAAAGAAGAGAACACACUCCCGUACUAAACAGUAUGUUCACACACUACACCUCUGUAGGUUACCUACAAUCUCUUUCCAUACUAUUUAGUAGGGUAGUGUUGUAGUCAUAAGUCAGACAGUUCAUUGUUUUUUUUUUUGUUCCUUCUGAAGUUGGUCGGUGUGUUUCACAUUUGGCAACAGACAAGGAAGUUGCCGCUGUCAUCAAAACAAGCCCCUUCUCAACAAAAUGACACUUUGCAGACGUUUGGCUGAGCACUGAGCGAUGGAAAGAUGAUCUUGGAAGGAGAUCAUACAGUCAGCGCAGAGCACACUUGAAAUUACCUGCUGAGAAGAAACAAAAGUUCCCCUUCUGUACCCUGAUAAUUUGGACCACACAUUUAAUUCAUGAUGGUGAUUGAUGGCACAUAAUGGUACAAUGGAGCUUGGAGUAUUUGGCUGACACAUGCAUGGCAUGUCAAGGUCGAAAGAACAGGAGGAGAAGGAGGUAGUGGUGUGUAGCGAGAGUCCCCGUUUCCUGGUAGGUUUUGAGGACCAUGUGUGUGGAGAACCGGAAGGUGAAAACAUGAGAAACACUUCAGAAGCAUAUGAUGAAGAGGAGGAGGACGACGAUCUGGCUUCAGAGCGGCAGAUCGUGGUGGGGAUCUGCUCCAUGAUGAAGAAGUCCAACUCCAAACCUAUGACACAGAUCAUGGAGCGCCUUUGUAAGUUUGAGUACAUCACUGUAGUCAUCUUCCCUGAGGAAGUCAUACUCAACGAACCAGUGGAGAAUUGGCCUGUGUGUGACUGCCUCAUCUCCUUUCACUCCAAAGGAUUUCCCCUGGACAAAGCAGUGAGUUACGCCAAACUAAGGAACCCUCUUCUUAUCAAUGAUCUCAACAUGCAGUAUUUCAUUCAGGACAGGAGAGAGGUUUAUCGCAUUCUAAAGGAGGAGGGCAUUGACCUGCCACGUUAUGUUGUGUUGAACCGGGACCCUGAUAGACCAGAAGAAUGUAACCUGGUAGAAGGAGAGGACCAUGUCGAGGUGAAUGGGGAAGUGUUUCAUAAGCCAUUCGUGGAGAAGCCUGUCUGCGCAGAGGACCACAAUGUGUACAUCUAUUAUCCCACUUCAGCUGGUGGAGGCAGUCAGCGGCUCUUUAGAAAGAUUGGGAGCCGCAGCAGUGUUUAUUCCCCUGAGAGCACUGUUCGUAAGACUGGAUCUUACAUUUAUGAGGAAUUCAUGCCUACAGAUGGGACAGACGUGAAGGUGUACACAGUAGGACCUGACUAUGCCCACGCAGAAGCUCGUAAGUCCCCUGCUCUAGACGGGAAGGUAGAGAGAGACAGCGAGGGGAAGGAGAUUCGAUACCCGGUAAUGCUAACAGCCAUGGAGAAACUCGUGGCUCGCAAAGUGUGUGUGGCAUUUAAGCAAACUGUAUGCGGUUUUGACCUACUCCGGGCAAAUGGACACUCCUUUGUGUGUGAUGUAAAUGGAUUUAGCUUUGUAAAGAACUCCAUGAAAUACUAUGAUGAUUGUGCUAAAGUCCUGGGGAACAUGGUGAUGCGAGAACUGGCUCCUCAAUUACACAUCCCUUGGUCCAUCCCCAUGGAAGCAGAGGACAUCCCAAUAGUCCCUACUACCUCAGGAACCAUGAUGGAGCUCCGUUGUGUGAUCGCUGUCAUUCGCCAUGGAGAUCGCACACCCAAACAGAAGAUGAAGAUGGAAGUGAGGAAUGCUUUGUUCUUUGACCUGUUUGAGAAAUAUGGUGGUUACAAGACAGGCAAACUCAAACUAAAGAAACCAAAGCAGCUCCAGGAGGUGCUGGACAUCGCUCGUCAGCUGCUGGCUGAAUUGGGGCAGCACAAUGACUGUGAGAUUGAGGAGAAGAAAUCCAAACUGGAACAGCUGAAGACUGUGCUGGAGAUGGAAUCCAGCCUGAAUGAUAAUCAGUACGGCCAUUUCUCUGGGAUAAAUCGCAAAGUGCAGCUGACCUAUCUACCCAAUGGCCAGCCUAAAGCAUCAAGUGAGGAAGAAGACUCUCAGAAAGAAGCUCCUUCUUUGCUGUUGGUGCUAAAAUGGGGAGGCGAGCUGACUCCAGCCGGUCGCGUACAGGCCGAAGAGCUGGGAAGAGCUUUCCGGUGCAUGUACCCUGGAGGACAAGGAGACUAUGCUGGCUUCCCUGGCUGUGGCCUACUGCGUUUACACAGCACGUACCGCCAUGACCUCAAGAUUUAUGCUUCAGACGAGGGCCGGGUACAAAUGACCGCUGCUGCUUUCGCAAAGGGAUUGUUGGCUCUGGAGGGCGAGCUGACCCCUAUCCUGGUGCAGAUGGUUAAGAGUGCCAACAUGAAUGGCUUGCUGGACAGCGACAGCGACUCGCUUACAGACUGCCAACAGCGCGUCAAAGCUCGACUCCAUGAAAUCAUGCAGAAAAACCAAGACUUCAUUAACGCAGACUACCAAAAACUUGCCCCAACUGGAAGCCCUUCUCUGGUCAAUUCCAUGAAGAUCAUCGAAAAUCCCGUCAAAACAUGUGACCAGGUUUUCGCCCUUAUUCAAAGCCUCACGCGUCAGAUACGCAAGCGACUAGAGGACCCAAAGUCUGCAAAUCUGCAGCUGUACCACAGUGAGACUCUCGAGCUCAUGCUCCAACGCUGGUCCAAGCUGGAGAGGGACUUUCGCAUGAAGAACGGGCGCUAUGACAUCAGCAAAAUUCCUGACAUCUAUGACUGUGUGAAGUAUGACACGCAGCACAACAGCUCUGUGGGCCUGGAGAACACCCUGGAGCUCUUCCGGAUGUCUCGUGCACUCGCUGACAUAAUCAUUCCUCAGGAGUAUGGAAUAAGUAAAAUUGAGAAGCUGGACAUUGCAAGUGCUUACUGUGUGCCCCUGGUUAAGAAAAUCCAGCUGGAUCUGCAGAGGACACAUGAGGACGAGGCUGUCAACAAGCUGCAUCCACUGUACUCGCGAGGCGUCAUGUCUCCGGGUCGGCAUGUGCGGACCCGGCUUUAUUUCACCAGCGAGAGUCACGUCCAUUCCCUGCUUAGUAUCUUCCGAUAUGGCGGCCUUCUUAAUGAGGAGAAAGAUGAACAGUGGAAGCAGGCCAUGGACUACCUCAGUGCUGUAACUGAACUCAACUACAUGACUCAGAUAGUCAUUAUGCUGUAUGAGGACAACAAUAAGGAUCCAUCUUCAGAGGAACGCUUCCAUGUUGAGCUGCACUUCAGUCCUGGGGUUAAGAGCUGUCGAGAUGAGGAGAAUGCACCAAUGGGCUUUGGAUUCCGUCCUGCCUCUUCAGAGAACCAGGAGAAGCAGGAAAAUCUGGGCAGUCUGGAGGAUUUGUCUCAGGAUGAACCAGAUCGAGCGAUCCUCGCUGAGCAUCCGAAUGUUCACAGAAAGUCACCACUGAUUCGUAACCGAAAAACGGGUUCCAUGGAGGUCCUCUCAGAAAGCACAACCGCCUCUCGUGGUGGAGCUUAUCGCCUGUUUCCUUCAUGUUCCCGCCAACCCUGCGAAGUCAAAUCCGGGGGACUUGGCUCCCUGUUUACUGGCCUCUUCAGUUCCUCCUUCCGGGGGGUGUCCUCCAGUGCCCCCAACCUUCGAGAGCUGGCCCGAACCCAGCGCAAAAAAGCCACGUCCCCUGAGAGACGAGUCAGUAGAGAGGAGUUGCUCUCGAUGCCGGCUGUAAAGAGGUUUUCUGUGUCAUAUGCCAGGCAUCCAACUAAUGGAUUUGAAGGCUGUUCCAUGGUGCCAUCUAUAUACCCCCUGGAGACCCUGCACAACUCUCUCUCCCUGAAACAGGUGGAUGAAUUCCUCAACAAAGUUUGUGAAAGCCGGAGAGAGACUCUUGCCAGUACUCUAAAAUCUAUGAGAGCAGUGUUUGACUCUCAGAUUCAACCUUCCGCAGAGCCUGAGAGUCAGGAGCCAACUAUGUCUUCUUUAGAUUCUCCAUUGCCAUAACAGCUAGCCUGGUCCCAGUAGUAUGCCAGCACUGUAUCCAGCACCAUAUCCAGUUUCCAGUUCAUGACCUUCCGCUCAGUCAGUGAUAGGACCUCGACGGCGAGUGAAACUCCAAAGUGCACACUGCACAGAUUGGUUAUUUAUUUUGAUCUGAGAUUAGCUUUAUACUUCGCUUUACAGUACCACAGGUGGCUGCUGCUAAUCCGAGAACACCAUUUUGUAGCUCCACAUGCUCAUCUACUCUGUUUUGCACUUGUAUUUUAUCCAGUUUUGCAGAGCCUCUUCAGCUCCGGAAAAUCAGCAGAACACUGAAUCUAGCAAUUAGUUGCACUUUUAUACCUCUGUGAGCUGCAGGAGUGUGAUUUAAUUAUAGCUUAUUCUGAGCUGGGUGAAGAUAAGAAUACACACCAGUAAUUGUCUGUUCUCUCGGCUGAUUGCAGUUCUCACAUCUCAUAGUCAAGCAAUUUCAUUGGACAACAUGUUGUCACUCUGUGUCACGCAACAGCUGAGAGACUCAGGUAGACCAAUAAGAUCACAGUGGUGAUGUUUCCUUCUCCAGCAUGCACAUACAGCUGAGUCACUGUGCCACUGAAUACAUAAAAUAAAUGAAAAAUGAAACUAAAUAUCCUGCAGCCAGAUGAUCACAUUUUUCAAUUAUAGAUUUUUUUUAUAUUGUAAGAGCUUUAAUUGUUAGUAUUUGAAUUGUCUUUGUGUUUUUAGACAGAAUUGCAUAAUUUCAUUUGUAAUAAAAGGAAGACUUGAAUGAAAUAGAAUUAUUUGUAUGAUGUUAUAUAAAUAAUUAUAUUUUGAUAUGAUGAUUUUUUUUGUUUUGUUUUUAAAUGUUUUUUAUGAACAGCAGUGCCUUAUUUGCAUUAUAAAUAUUACAGGUGUUUUUUACUGAACUUUUCAGCCAGUACUGAUUUAGGAUCUUUACCUCUACAUAGUCUGGUAUUGUCCUGCUUAUGAAUGUUUAUGAUCUGCUGUCUCUGACAAGUGUUUUUGUUUUUAAAUCUUUGAAAACUUUCAUUUUUGAGAUUUUAAUAUUAUUGCUUAAAUCAUCUUAAUAAAAAAAUUA